AUGAUCCUCCGCCCAAUUCAGUUCCGUCCNUGUAAAGGACCCUCUUUGCCGCAAUCCCUGCUUAAGCAACAGCCUCUUGCCUAUCGCUCCUUCCACGCCUCGUCAAUUCGCCGCGAUGCAGGGCUUCCCGAUCAUUAUGCGACCCUGGGUAUAGACACGACUGCCUCUGCUGGAGACAUCAAGAAGUCAUUUUUCCAGUUGAGCAAGAAACACCACCCAGACCACAACCCCGACGAUCCAAAAGCCGCCGACCGCUUUGUCAAAAUCUCAGAAGCCUACCAUGUCUUAGGCAGUGCUGAGAAACGAGCCCGCUACGAUCGCGACUUCCUUCGCGCCUCACAGCCCUCCUCCCAUCCGCAAGGCUCAUACAGCAGCACCGGUCCAGCAGGAGGGCGCCCAGCCACCGGUCUCAGCCGACGACGCACACAGUUCAAAGGUCCACCUCCUUCCUUCUACCGCAGCGGCGGCUGGGGCAACUUCAGCCAGAAGCGAUCAGAGUACGCCUCGCAGGGCUCCCAUCAGCACGAAGCUGCUGGCUCGAGUGCCCAGGACGCACCUGGUACCGGUCCUUCUGGCUACCAGGCUGGCUUCAACAACGAUGUACCGCACUUUGAUCGCGACGGUCACUUCCGCACUCAUGACAAUGUCAUGAAGAACAGGCACAAGGCCAGACGGCGAUCCGAUAGUGUUACCACAGACGAUAUCCUUGGGACGAGCAUGCUGGUCAACUUUAUCCUCUUGAGUGGUGUUCUGACAGUCAUUUUUGGUGUCAGUGGCUUCUUGUUUAGAAAGAAUGACGAGAAGAAGAAGGUUGCCGCGUGA